AUGAAAAAAGAAUUAUUGAACGUAAAACAUCAAUAUGAACAUCAAAAUAGUGCAUUAGAUGAAUUACGUAAAGAAAUUAUUGAUUUAAGAAAACAAUCCAGCAUGCAGGUACUUAAAGAAGCAUCUGCUCAUUCACUUAUUCCGUUCAUAGAACAACUAGAAAUAAUAAAAUCCGAUGUUGCAUUAGAUGAAGGACCAUUAACAACUAUUGAUAAUGUCAUAAACGAUUUCGUUAAACAAUCAAAAAUAGCAAAACCAGAUUUUAUUGAUCUACUUAUUAAUAAAACAAAUCGCAAUCAACGUGAAAAUUCGAUCAAAUUAAUUGUCGAUGAUAAUGAUAAAGUUAAUUUAAUUAAAUUAUUAAAUAAUGUAUUUCUUAAUCAAUUUGAUACUUUACAAGAACGUAAUGAUAUGAUUAUUGCUCCAUUUCGAAUGUCCAUCGUUGAACAAGAUAAAGAAAAUGGUGCAAUUGUUAUGGGUGAAAUUGAAUCAGGAAGUUGUCAUAUUGGUGACCAAUGUCUAAUUAUGCCAAAUCAGACACGUGUUGAAAUUACAAAUAUUUAUCAUGAAGACAGUAAAACUGAUUCUGGUGUUUAUGGACAAAAUGUUCAACUUGAAUUAAAAAACGUUGAAGAAGAAAAAAUCUCACCUGGUUUUAUUUUAUGCGAUGCUCAGCAAAAACCAUGUCGUGUUGGGAGAAUCUUUGAAUCAGAAGUGAUGAUAAUUAAACAUCAAUCGGAAAUUUAUCCAGGUUAUAUAGCUGUUCUUCGUAUUCAUGCUGCUGUUACUCGAGUUUAUUUAAAAGAAUUAAUAAAAUUAAUUGAUCCUAAAACAGGUCAAACAACUCGAAAAAAACCAAAAUUUAUAAAACAAGAUCAAGUUGCAAUUGUAAGAUUUGAAUUAUCACAAUCAGAACAAGUUAUUGGUAUGGAACAAUUUAGACAUUUUCCUCGACUUGGUCGAUUUGCAUUACUUAAUAAAAAUGGACCUGUUGCUUUUGGAAAAGUUCUUAAAAUCAUCGAAUAA